UACAACUGACAGUGUAACUACUAACAAUAUGACUACUGAUAAUGUAACCACACCUAAUCCUGCAACUGACAGUGUAACUACUAACAAUAUUACUACUGAUAAUGUAACCACACCUAAUCCUGCAACUGACAGUGUAACUACUAACAAUAUGACAACUGAUAAUGUAACCACACCUAAUCCUCUAACAUCUACUGACUCUGCAACCACUGCUGACCCUGUAACUCCCCCACCCACCAUCUCUGCAUCCUUCCCCACAAGUACUACCAUUCCCAGCUCCUCCAUCAGUGCUACAUCCACGCCCACCACUGCCCCCACCACCAGCACUCUUUCCACCACUGCCAUCCACACAACCCACCCUCCUCUGAACUGCGCCAAUGGAGGUGAGCUACAGAAUGGAUUCUGUGUCUGUCCCAUUGAAUGGACUGGAAGAAACUGCUCAAUAGAAAAUGUCUGCAUGGAAGAAACCAUUCAAGUCAUGAAUCAAAACUUUACUUUCCCAAGAACUACCAUCGGUUGGUUCGGUUAUUCUAAGCAGAAGUGUGGACCUAAUACAUCUAGUGGGAAUGUGCCGAGGGCUUCAGCAAGGUGUACCGGUCAAUACGUGACUCCAAAGUUUGACACCCCAUAUGUCUUACAGUGUGACAUAACUCUCAGCAACAUUCAAGGAAAUCUAUCCAGCACAUCUGAUUUGCUGCAGUUAGCGAGUAGUACUCAGAUUCUGACAUCAAAUCCAGAGACUCUAACAGCUGAUAAUGUUACCAAGGCGAUUGACAUCACCAACACCCUCCUUGAAAGGUCUUCAAAUAUCUCUGAGGCAGUUGCCGUGGCAGCAUUGACCACUGUUAGUCAGCUGCUGGAUGCUUCUGUACCGGACAGUGUAGCAGAGGUGUCUGGUGAGAGCCUAACUGAAAGUUUAGAGAAUAUCUCACUGGGGUCAGACAACACAUCUCUAGUGGUCCAGCCCAACCUCGCGGUCCAGUCUGUCGUACUAACCAGUAACGACAUAGUCGGCAUCCAGUUCUCUGCACAAACAGGAUUAUCUAGUAAUUUUUCUGCUGAUAGAAUUAGACUGAAUACCAAUGCAUCUGAACUUGUGUCUGACAAUGGAAAGGCCACUGAUGUCCAGAUAUUCAUUAGAUUAUCUCCAGGAAUGCAGCGUAGAAGUUCUGGCAUCUCUGUUGGCUUUGUGCUCUACCAGAACGACAGGUUCUUCAGGUCAAGGUAUUUCAGAGCCCACUUGGGCAGUCGUAGAAGGGUCAUCUCGGGAAAUGUGAAAGGAGCUGGAAGGAUGGGGGCCGAACAUGUGGAAAUGAUCUUCAGGCCAAUCUCCUACAGGGUUGAUUAUGUCUACGCUGAAGCCCUGGACUGGAUCACCUAUCUGGGGUGUUCCAUGUCUGUUGUGGGCUUGGUUAUCACAAUAGUUUUUUACGUCAUGACCAGGAAAUCCGGUAACAGCAGCCCAGCAGUCCUGAUGGUGAGCCUCUGUGUCAGUCUCCUCAUCUUCACCCUCCUCUUCCUGCUGGGGAUCGACAACACCAACCCACAGUCCCAUGAACCUGAAGACAAGGAUGCCAAUGUCAUGCCUUCCUCUGAUAAGCACGUCGACCCAGACCACGGACCCUGCACUGCCGUGGCAGUCUUACUGCAGUACUUCCUGAUGGCCACCUUUGUCUGGAACUCUCUCUAUGCCUGUCACAUGUUCCUACUGCUCUGGAACCCCCUGAGGAGACCCCCAUCCUACCUCCCGACUAUCACCGUGGUCACUGGAUGGGGAGUUCCUGCUGUUCUUGUUUCCAUCACAUUGGGAGUCACCUACAGAGUGGACAAUCCAUUAAACUACCGACAGGAAGAAUUUUGCUGGCUUGCUGCUGUAAACCCAGAGGGACAGUUUGACUUUGCAAAGCCAAUGUUCUGGGGGUUCCUCAUCCCAGUGGCUCUAAUUAUGAUCUUUAACACAGUUAUCCUAUGCUAUUUUAGCUACACAACAUGCAGGACAGACCCGGAAUUAACCAGCACCACACAGUCCUCCAACAAGAAAAAACUUCUGAGUAGUUUCUCAUUAGCAGUGGUGUUGGGUCUCUCCUGGGUAAUAGGCUACCUAAUGCUCGUCAUACCAAACAAGAACAUGCACUUCAUCCUGAACAUCGUCUUCUGCCUGUGUACCACCACACAGGGACUUCAGAUCUUCAUUCUGUUCGUAGCAAGAACGUCCAAAUUCAGGCAAAUGAUAUUGGAUCUUCCUAUCGGCCGCCAUGUCAAAGGUUUCACUCUAUGGAAACACAAAGCCAGAAAUAACACCGAUUCAUACAAAGAACUGGAUGCAUACAGCUCUAGCCAGUCAAAACUGGUUGUUUCAGAAGAGACAGUAUUAGACCACCAAUUAUAAGAAAUACCGCUAAACCUCUCUUUCCUCCAUCACUAUUGGAGCCAUUAUACAACUUUGUUUUGUUUAUAUACCACAUUGGUGAUGCUAAUCUGCAGUUUUAUGUUUGAGCACUUGGUGGAGCAUUGCCUUUGGGAAGGCAUAUACCUGUAGGUAAUUAACAACCAGGGAUACACAGGUGUGUGGCUAGGUGGAAAAGCAUACAGCUUUUCAC